CCGCUCCGUGUUGCCGGCGCCCGCCGCCUCCCCCUUUUCUCUCUCUCUCUCUCCGUCUUCCCUCGCCCACCCCCUUUUCUCCCCGACUCCCUCGUCCCCACGCCUCCAGUCGGCUCGCUGUUGUCUCGGCGGACUGUCGGGCUUGGUGGGAGAGCGACAGAAGAAGGAUAUCGCGAGUACUGGAGUUUCGGAAGUUCGGGGAGCGCCCUCAGCCACAGCGCCUAACGAGAGAAGCGAUGAGGAACUACCUGAAGGAGCGAGGCGACCAAACCGUCAUGAUCCUGCACGCAAAGGUCGCACAGAAAUCUUACGGCAACGAGAAAAGGUUCUUUUGCCCUCCCCCCUGUGUCUACCUGAUGGGCAGCGGCUGGAAGAAAAAGAAGGAGCAGAUGGAGCGAGACGGCUGCUCGGAGCAGGAGUCGCAGCCCUGCGCCUUCAUCGGCAUCGGCAACAGCGACCAGGAAAUGCAACAGCUAAACUUAGAGGGAAAGAAUUAUUGCACAGCGAAAACCUUGUACAUAUCCGACUCCGACAAGAGAAAGCACUUCAUGUUGUCUGUAAAGAUGUUCUACGGAAACAGCGCAGACAUCGGCGUCUUCCUCAGCAAGAGGAUCAAAGUCAUCUCCAAGCCCUCCAAAAAGAAGCAGUCCCUCAAAAACGCUGACUUGUGCAUCGCGUCGGGGACCAAGGUGGCGCUGUUCAAUCGGCUGCGGUCCCAAACGGUCAGCACGCGCUACCUACACGUGGAGGGCGGCAACUUCCACGCCAGCUCCCAGCAGUGGGGGGCCUUCUACAUCCACCUGUUGGACGACGAGGAGUCAGAAGGAGAAGAGUUCACUGUGAGAGACGGUUACAUCCACUACGGCCAGACGGUCAAGCUGGUCUGCUCCGUCACCGGCAUGGCCCUGCCCAGACUGAUCAUCCGUAAGGUGGACAAGCAGACGGCGCUGCUGGACGCGGAUGACCCCGUCUCCCAGCUCCACAAGUGCGCCUUCUACCUGAAGGACACCGAGCGCAUGUACCUGUGCCUUUCCCAAGAAAGGAUCAUCCAGUUUCAAGCCACUCCAUGCCCAAAAGAACCAAACAAGGAGAUGAUCAACGAUGGCGCCUCCUGGACAAUCAUCAGCACAGACAAGGCCGAGUACACUUUCUACGAGGGCAUGGGCCCCGUCCACUCGCCUGUCACCCCCGUGCCUGUGGUCGAGAGCUUACAGCUAAACGGCGGCGGGGACGUCGCCAUGUUGGAACUGACGGGACAGAACUUCACUCCAAAUCUCCGAGUCUGGUUCGGCGACGUCGAGGCCGAGACCAUGUACAGGUGUGCGGAGAGCAUGCUGUGCGUGGUGCCCGACAUCUCCGCCUUCCGCGAGGGCUGGCGCUGGGUGCGGCAGCCCGUCCAGGUGCCCGUCACGCUGGUGCGGAACGACGGCAUCAUCUACUCCACCACACUGACCUUCACCUACACGCCGGAGCCCGGGCCGCGGCCGCACUGCAGCGCCGCCGGCGCCAUCCUGCGGGUGGGGAACUCCAGCCUGCUGAGCGGCGGCCAGGACACCGGCCCCGGCAGCGUCUACGGCCCCAACAGCACCUCCAACGCCGGCGUCACGUCGUCAUCCUCCGCCGCCGCGGCGGUGGUCUCCUAACGCACACAGGGGGCCUGCCGAAUACAGUAUGCCUUGAGAGGAAAUAUACUCCGCGGGUAUAUAAAGACUAUGGGAAAUAAUAAACAAAAAAAAACUGACUCACUCUUAAGCGCUGCGUAUUAAUUUUUGGAUACAAAGAAGCUGAAAUGGAAAGAACAAAAAAAAAUCGGUGGGACAAAGGAGCAAAACGCAAGGGGGGGCGGGGAAAUCGGAAGAAGGAGCGACAUCACAAACGUUGACCGCCAACGGGAAUAAGCGAACGCGCUCCUUGGCACGCCCCCCUCGCCCCUUCUCCUGUGGUUACUUUAGGGACCUGCCCAUCCACUUCUGGUGUUUUCUGGAGUGAAGUUCCUGCAGGCUCAGAAGCACCAGCACCUUUCUACGGCUGCGAGAACGGAAACCACAACAACAAUACAUCCACACACACACACACACGAAAAAAAAAUGUCUCGAAAGGAAAGUAUAUUUUUUUGCGCUGCCUUGCUCCUCCUCCUCCUCCCAUCAGUUCCUCCCACCACUUGUUUUAUAACUAUUCCCUUGUUCUUUUCUUUUUGCAUUAAUUUGUGGAUUCCUAACGGGGCGCUGGAUGUAUUGUUGUUGGCGGGAGCGGCGCGAGGAUGCAGAGGGGACACACCGAAAAAGUCGUGGCGAUAACAUAGUUUUUAUGGACCAAGGAUCUUGUAUAAGCUUUAGUAAAGGUACAUUUUUCUCCAUACCUUUUUUUGCAUUAAAACAUAUAGUACACUUUUGUUACCAAAUAGUUUCUAUUCUUCCUCUGAGCUCGGGCUUUUUGUUGGUUUUUUUCACCCUUUUUCUUUCGAGGUCCAAAAUCCCAAAACCUUGUAUGUUAGCGCGACCUUUACUACGAACUGCCUGCUUUGUCGUCCGGCCUUCGGGUUGAACUCUUUCUUUUCGAUAUUCUCACGUCUUCUGUUGGUGCGGGAGAAAAAGGAAUAAGAAAAUCUGAAGUCUUGGUUGUUAGUUUUUGGUUUUGUUUGUUUUGUUUUGUUUUUUUAAAGUGGGGAAUAACCUCAGAGGGCCUAUUUUUUAUCAUUGGUUUUUAUGAAGUCUUUAAAAAGAAAAGCUUUAAGCAACGCCUCUGCCUUGCCUGCAAUACUCUUACGUGCGCUAUGUCUCCUUUUCGUUUCGGGGGAAAUCUACACAUCAGUACAUCUCACAUGGAGCAACGUUUGCAGAAAAAAAACAAAAAGAGAAAGAAAGAAACUGGAUGUCCAUGGUUUACGAAAAAACCAAGACGUUUUUUGUCAUUUCCAAACUAAUGUAAUAAGCGUCGUCUUUGACUUGCAAAGGAUAGCCUUAGUACUGUAUAUUCUUACCAGUCACAUAUCUGAUAUCCUGUACCCGUCGCUCUUAUCAGUCACUGUAUCAGACAACGUGGUGAAACUUGUUUUUCCUCCUCAGAGCUGCGGUCCGGUGUGUCGCCGUAGUUUCUGGUGGCAUUUAAACUCCAGCGUUGGGGUUGUUUUUAUUUUCAAAAAAAAAAAAAAAAAAGACAAAAAAAGAGACACUUUUCAAUUUGAUGUGGCCUUACUGAUAACUCCAGUUACAAAGAAGAAGAAAAAAAUACUUCACCUGUUUUCUUAUCUGCUGUUUACUCACCUUGGGGAAGAACCUGUGCAUUUUUAGAACAAAAUAACGAGCGUACGCCUCGUGUCUUAUCACCGUUGUUGUGGUUCUUUCCGAGCGGCUCCAGAAACCACCUUUGUCGUGCAAAGCAAAGCAAAGCCGCCUUCUGAAGGAUUCUCUCUGCCUUCUUCUUUUCUUCUUCUUCCUCUGUGGUGUACAAGUACAAUAACCCCCGUUUUUUAUUCUCCUGCUGCGGCACCUUCUCACUUUUGGUACAAUGUCUCACGAGCGCUUGUUAAAGCUCCUUCCAGCCUUCCUCUUCUUUUCUUUCUUUUUUCUUUUUCAAAGAAACCUCCUGUGGUUUUAUUCUCUCGUCGCAGAAAAAACGAGCGCAUGUACAUUAGAGACUCACUGUCCGAGUAGUUGCACUCAUCCGUGUUGUUGACGGCGACCGCGUAAAGGCCUUCUAAAUGUGUGUGAUUUGAAGAUGUGCAUUUUCCAAACAUAACAGCAAUAUUGUACAGGUCAUUUCAUCGUUUUUGUCCGCCUGAGCACUACUUCACCAGCCAGCAAAUGUAUCUCUGUGUGUGUGUGUGUGUGUGUGUGUGUGUGUGUGUGUGUGUGUGUGUGUGUGUGUGUGUGUGUGUGUGUGUGUGUGUGUGUGUGUGUGUGUGUGUGUGUGUGUGUGUGUGUGUGUGUGUGUGUGUGUGUGUGUGUGUGUGUGUGUGUGUGUGUCGUUUGUAGUCGCUGUAAUGGAUAUAUUGAGUCAGACUCGAUCCAUUUCAAAACUGCUCUCCAAAAAAGAAAAGCGAACUUGGAUUUUUCUCGUCUUCCGCCUGAAUCCAAAAAAUGUCUGGCGAUUGUGGAUUUGAACGUUCAAAGGCAAUACUUGAUCUUGGUCUUUUUAGUUUUACAGUACAACUGUACACUUCCGGGGAAAAAAUGACAAACAAACAAAAAGAACAACAACAACGAUACUGUAACUUGAAUGUCUGCUUAAUGAAGUAUUUCAGAAUUUUAUUCUUACAAAACAAAACCUUGAAAUAGGAACAAAAAAGGAUUCUCUUGCACCCCCCCCCCCCCCUUCAAUGUAAAAAAUAAAAAUAAAUUUUAAGUUAUGCCCCAAAUUUCGCCACCCAUUGUCCCACCUGUCCGUCGUUAAUGUAAAAUGUUUUAUAUUGUAAUAUUGAUAUUUUUUAAAUUAUUGGUACAAAGUCUCCCUUUGUCUUAUGUCAAAAGAAAAGAAAAGAAAAAAAAAAAAGAUGAAAAGUGCAUUAUUAGCCUGUGCUGCCUAGGUUGGCCUGGGAGUGAGUUUAGUAUUUUCUCUGACUUUUAAAAUAAGGAGGCCACUUCCUGUUCGGUCCGGCAAUCGACAAAGGGGCCGGUGCUGCAGUGGAAGUGUAGCAUCGGGGGGGGGGGGUUUCUUGCGCUUCUCCUUUGCCAAACUCUCGUGACGAGCUGCAGGUCCGCCCCCUCCCCCCCGAGCCCUUUACUCUGCUGGAUCACGACAACUUAACUGUAGAUUCUUUUUAAAACUCGGGUGUUUUUUCUAAUGUCUACUAGCUCCUGAGUUUUUAAACAUGGCCUCUGCAUUAGCAUCACCCCCCCUGCCCCGUGCCCCCUCCUGCCCCACAAGCUUGGAUAUUUUUGGGCUUUUGUUUACAUGCUGAGUGGCCUCCUUCAGGCGAACCGAACCCCCCCGGCCCCCUCCUCAUCUCCUCACCUCUCCCCAUCUCCUCACGCGAAAUCUGAGCAGAGCGGCUUUGUCACAUUAACUCAAGCUAAUAAAAAGGGGGUGAUGCAUUGCUUCUUUCUCUCUCUCUUUUUUUUUUUUUUUAGAUGUUCAAAAUGUGUCGCCUUGACAAUCCGAGCUGUUUUUUUUAACACAGUUUAAAUUUUUCUUUCUCUUGAAACAUCCGGAGUUUAACGAGACUUCGGGAGGAUGCGGAAUAACUUGAUGACGAACUGUCAAAAAGGGGUCAAUGAAAAAAAAAUAGAAAAAAGUGACACGCCUUCUUCAAACACACGCUGUAUUAACCCGGCGACAAAAGCUUUCAGAGGGGGGGGGGGGGGGGGGGUGUAGAAUAAUUGCUGUCUCAUGAAGCAUUUUCUUUUUUACAAAAAUAUCUUAACCGGUGUCUUUCUCUCUGUGUGUGCGUGCGUGCGUGUGUCUGGUCAUAAUUGUUUUACUCUUCCAAAAGCAGCUGUUCUUGUUUUCUUUUUUUAUAAUGAGCUCUGAACAAUGUGUAUGUACCCUCUAAUAUGCCAAAUGUCUUUUUUAUAAUGUAGUUUUCAUGCACUGCUAAACGGAACAGGGCAGAGUGAGAGGCAGCUUUAAAAAAAAAAACGAACUUCUUUCGACGAAAAACAAACAACGGGAAAAAAAAGAUUCUGUGGAGUGUGGAGCCCGACCUCUGUCGCACUCAGCCUUACUUCUCCUUCAGACUCCUUUGGCUGUUUGCACUGCAGAGCGCGGACCUUUCUUUCCCUUCCUCACGCACAUUUUCAUCCUCACGUUCGUGCACGUGCCCCCACCCUUUCCCUUUUCCCUCCGUUUCAUCACGCGGCCCGUCACGCUUAGCUUUCGCUGCAGUCGGAUCACUCUUUUCGUUUUCAUCUCCCCCCCUCUCCUCCCCCUCUUCUCUUCCUUCCCCGCCACGUCCGUUCACUAUCUUUCACUCACUGUAUCUGUGUAUUAUUCUAGUAAGUGGUAAGCCGAGGUGUCAUUGUGGUAGUAUACUCAGUGCUCAAAGGGUUGCUGAUUGGUAGAAAAAACCUGUGCCGUUUGUAACAUUUUAGCAAUAACGUCAAAACAGGGGGACGGUCUUUUUUUUGUUGUUGUUGUUGUUUUCUUUUUUGUUGUUGUUUUUUUUUUAAAUAACAUACGUUAGUUUGUUUUUGUACAUAUUGCAGCGCCAGAUCAUGCUCCAAAAAAUCUGUAUGUCAUUAAAAGAAGUAAAAAUUUCAAAAAACGUGGAGAAAAAAAUAAACUUGCAAUAUUGGCAUAAAAAUGAGAAAUAAAAAAAAAAAGUGAUAUAAAAUCAG